AAAAAUGCAACCUCCCAAAAAUAAAGAGCAAAGAUUGCACUGAGCAGCGAGCAGCAAUGCAGAAAUAGAUGGCAGUUUCGUGUCAGGGAGUUUGCAUUCCCCCUUCCUGGUCCAAGAAGUGGAGUGAUUAGAGCCCUGGAAGGGAAUUGCAUUUACUACAAGUGGAAGAGUCCCCCCUCUUUUGCUGGCUGCUGUUUGCACUGUACAUAUUGGGUGCACCUAGCCAUUCUCACUGGGUUUUUUUUUCUCCCUCCCCUCUCUUUCCUGAAUUGAUUUUUUUUACAGUGUGACAGAAACAAAACAAAAAGGGGACAUUGGAUCUAUUGUUGUUUUUUUAUGAUCAAAAACAAAACCCCACCACAAACAAACAAACACAAAACAAAACAAAAGGGUUUUGCUCAGCAGCAGCAUGGAUGUGUUGGCUAGUUAUAGUAUAUUCCAGGAACUACAGCUUGUCCACGACACCGGCUACUUCUCAGCUUUGCCAUCCUUGGAGGAAAACUGGCAGCAGACAUGCCUUGAGUUGGAACGUUAUCUUCAGACAGAGCCAAGGAAGAUCUCAGAGAACUUUGGCGAGGAUUUGGACUGUUUCCUUCACACCUCCUCUCCUUCAGGCUCAGAGGACAGUAUCCGACGGCUGGACCCCAUCCUAUUGCCAGUGGAGACGAGUACAUGCGACAAAAGCACCAACAUGGACCUUAUCCUCUCACGGGACAAGCUGCUGUCUGAGACGUGCCUCAGCUUGCAGCCCACCGGCUCUUCCAUAGAGGGUUACGCCGCUGUCAACCAGGCCCAACUCAACGCAGUGACCUCAUUAACGCCCCCUUCCUCUCCUGAGCUCAGCCGCCAUCUGGUAAAAACCCCACAAACUCUCUCCGCAAUGGAUGGCACGGUGACAUUGAAAUUGGUGGCCAAGAAGGCGUCACUCACCUCAGUCAAGGUGGGAGUGGCGGCGGUGGCAGCCGGAGGCACGAUAAAGAGUGGGCAGAAUGACAGCGAGCAAGGAGGGGCAGGGGCCGAGGCAUCCCCGGAAAACAAGAAGAGGGUUCAUCGCUGUCAGUUCAAUGGGUGCCGGAAGGUUUAUACAAAGAGCUCCCACUUAAAGGCUCAUCAGAGGACUCACACAGGUGAGAAGCCUUACAAGUGCUCGUGGGAAGGGUGCGAGUGGCGUUUUGCACGAAGCGACGAGCUCACACGGCACUACAGGAAACACACAGGGGCAAAGCCCUUUAAAUGCAACCAUUGUGACAGGUGUUUUUCCAGGUCUGACCAUCUUGCCCUCCACAUGAAGAGACACAUCUAAGUACCUAAAAUCAGUCAGCAUGGCAUAGAUGUCAGCUGAGCUAAAAGACAUGGCAUGAAGGGUGGAACUCAGUUAUAACCCGCUGCCUUGCAGAAGAAGAGAACUUGAUCACAUGUAAACCUCUGUACACAGACCACACACUCACACUGUCAUGCACCCAACUAUACUUAAAUAUGUACAUCUGUUCUUUAUGCCUUGCCCCAGCUGGAUGGAAGAAGGUGCAGGAGAGGAGAUGGGGUAGAGGUGAAGUCAGUAAGAUAGAACAAUUGCUUACAGUACUUCAUCACCCUUGGAUUUGUUUCCAGCUAUUGCCAGUAGAAAUCAAAGUAAAUGGAAGAGGCUUCUCUGCAGGUGGACAGCAAGAAGGAGGGGCUUAUUUAACUCGCUUCUCAAUGCAACUCCAUAGGAGAAUAUGUCAUCUUGAAGUUGCAUAUUUGUAGCACUAACUUUUCUUUUUAAAUAGAUGGGGGUGGGAAAUAAUGACCUAGAAAACCAAAUCCCAGUUUGGUAGCCAAAAUUAACUUCUUGGUUCCUUUGUUCUUUGUCUGAGAAUUCCUAAUGCUCGACACGUCAAACUUCUCACAGACACUUUGAUCUGUUUUGGUUCUUCCUAGAACUGAGCUAUUAAGAUCCUUUUACGUCAAUACCAAUAGCCUUAAUGGCAGUUGACUGUGGAGUGACACCUGUGACAUAUACAUCAUCUGUUUGGCCUGAGUUUAUGUAGACUUCAUGGAGGACAAUAUUUUUGUUUGGGUAUUUUUGUGUUAACUUUUUUUGGCUAUUGCAUGCCCUAUGCACUGGUAGGGAUUAUGGAAGCUGCUGGCAUGACUGGAAAGCAGCCAAAGGAAGAGUCCCUGAAACACCACGUUAUAUCUCCAUAGGCAUCACCUUAUUGCCAUAGCUAGGACUUCUUGUUUUGUCUAAUGAAAACUUGAAAAGCUCACGUGGAAGCUUAGACAUUUUAUCUUUUCUCCAUGAACAAGUGAUCUUCAGAACUCCUUUUCUUCACCUGCUUAUCUGUCUUGGACUGGCCAAUCAGGCAUGACUACAGAUUUCCUUCAGCACCAUGUGAGCAUGUUGGCUACAAUCCACAGUGAUUGACAAAUUGUGUUGCGUGUUCUUGUUAUUCUAUUGACCAGUUUAAAACAUUGGACUUUUAUUUCUUGAAAGAGCACCUGCAAACAUUUAUUUUCUAAGCCUAACUUGGUUAAGCAUCUUUAAAAAAAAAAAAAAAAAAGCCAAAAAUACUACUCCAGUCCCAGAGUGGGAAGGUGAGACCGCUUCCAAAUAAAGUGGCUUCAUUCAGCAUUAAUCUUUUAAAGUAAAGAUCACAGUCCUCCUUUGCCAUUCAUGAAGGUGAUGGUUUAGCCCACUGAUAUAAAAAAAAUUGUAAGAAUAUUUAAAGGGUGAAUGAAGGGUUGGCUUUUGUGCACAGCACUGAGGAUUUUCCAAGUGAUCGGUCUAAAGUAUUGGUAGCAUGGGUCCUAUUCGACCUUCAGUCUGUACCAUCCAGGAUCAGUGGAAGCCUCAUGCUCACCCUUGAAUCCUGUAGAUAAUUUGACCAUCUUGGCUCAAAGUGGACUAAAUUUCUUGUUUAAAAAAAAAAAAGUUAUAUAUAUAUACACACAACUUGCAUUUAUAGCAAGUUGGCACUGGCCCUAACUCCAAAGACUGCCUUUAGGACCAUAUAAAAUGGCCUAUGCAAGCAGGUGGGGUGGUCAUUAGGACAGGUUGUAUAUUUUGUAUAUUCUGGGACCCUCCCUACAAGACAUGUCUAGAAAUGAAACAAAAUGGCAUGUGGUCCACAAAUGGUUGCUGCUCUUUAUACUGUACUAGCCAACUGCCCUCCUUUGACUGUUUUGACUCAUUGACUGUUAAAUAUUUCCCUUUUGGGAUGCAAAACUGAACUCUUAAAAAAAAUCCAUAGCUGUAAAACGCAAGAGCAGUCACUGGAAUCAUUGGUACUUGCGUUCUCAGCGUUUGCGCAACCUUUGUUCCAGUCAGAGAUUGAAUCUACCUGAAAGAUGUUUAUUUUGCUCACAGUUUUUACAAACACUGACUGUCAGUUGGACACUUUGGUGAGGGAUAUGAUAUCUGGCCCAUAUGGCAUGAGAUAUGGACCAAAAUCUAACCAUCUUUUUAGGGGGCAAUGAUGUAACAGUGAAAAAGGUAAGAGAAAAUUGAGUUUUAGUCCAAAGAUUUAAAAAACUAACUAUACUAUUAAAAAAAAUUACUGGAGCACUGCUUGCUGACAAUCUCGUCGUUCUCUACUUCUGUAUUUGCAUACUUCUUAUGGCCAUUCCAACCAGGAGUUCAGUUGGGUUCUGAGGGCCCUACCACCCAACUUGUGUUUGAAUAUGUGGAGCAUCUUACCAGGAUGUGUCAUGGGAGCUUGAGGAUACUUGAACCUCAGUUGAGUGAAACUAUAGAGCAUCCAUUCAGUGCAUUGGAUAAAAUUAU